GGAAGGGCCUCCGCUGGUUGGAUCCGAGAACAGACAAACUUACGUAGUCUUGGCUCGCCGCUGCUUGCCUCUCUCUAUGGACGGCUGGAGGGGAGAGGGGGGUAUUGCUGGGAUUGUAGCUGUUGUCGUCGGCUUCGUGGUGCCUUCAGAGGGCCUGGUGAUGAUUUAAUUCACGGGAAACCCGGGUCCGCGGAGUGGAAAAGGAGCAGGAGAAAGAAGGACGAGGGGAGUCGGGCUAGAGGAGAAAGGAGGAGCAGCCGUUAGAGAUGUGCGGUCGGGCCGAGAUUGCUGCGGUAACCCUGUCUAAGCCUGGACCGAGCAGAUUGUUCUGAGAGGAAACGGAUAACAAACGGGGGAAGUGAACAUGGCUGGGACCUCUGGCUUCUUGUCCAACGGACCUGUUCCGUGGAUGGACGACACGGAGAUGAACAACCUGUACCGGGACCUGGAGCUGGGCACAGUGAUGACUCUGUUUUACUCCAAGAAGUCCCAGAGGCCGGAGAGACGGACUUUUCAAGUAAAACUGGAGACGCGGACUAUUAUCUGGACGCGAAGCACUGACAAAAUUGAAGGAGAGAUUGACAUUCGAGAGAUCAAAGAGAUCCGUCCUGGUCAGAAGUCCAGGGACUUUGAGCGCUAUGUCGAGGACUCAGCAGUACGGCUUGACAACUUCUGCUUCGUUAUUCUCUAUGGCACGGAGUUUCGCCUUAAAUCCCUCAGCUUGGCAGCAACAUCUGAUGAGGAGAUGUCCAUGUGGGUGAAGGGGUUAAAGUGGCUCAGGGACGACACAUUGAAAUCACCAACACCAUUACAAAUAGAAAGGUGGUUACGGAAGCAGUUCUAUGCUGCUGAUCGCAACAGAGAGGACAGGAUAUCCUACAAGGAUCUGAAGAACAUGCUGAGCCAGGUCAACUACAAGGUGCCAAACAUGAGGUUCAUCAAAGACAAACUUCCGGACUCUGAAACCAGGAAUGGAGACGUGACCUUCAGCCAGUUCGCCCAGCUUUAUCGAAACCUCAUGUUCGAUGCGCAGAAAAAUGUGGAGAUCCCUUUUAUGCAAAGGUUCAUGGGUAACGUAGCUGAUGAAAGAAUCACCCUGGAGGAUUUCCAGAGCUUCCUCGUAGAAUGCCAGAAGGAACUGUGGGCCUCGGACAACAACAAGGUUCAGGAGUUUAUGUUCAGCUACCUGAAAGACCCGCUAAGGGAAGUGGAGGAUCCAUAUUUCCAUCCAGAGGAGUUCCUCACAUACCUCUUCUCCAAAGAGAACACCAUCUGGGAUUCCUCCCUGGACAUGGUGUGUGCUGAAAACAUGAACAACCCCUUGUCCCACUACUGGAUCUCCUCAUCACACAACACCUACCUGACGGGAGACCAGUUUGCCAGCGAGUCGUCCUUGGAGGCGUACGCUCGCUGUCUGAGAAUGGGAUGUCGCUGCAUCGAAUUGGAUUGCUGGGAUGGUCCUGACUCGAUGCCGGUUAUUUAUCACGGACACACCCUCACGACGAAAAUCAAGUUCAACGAUGUUCUGAACACCAUCAAAGACCACGCUUUUGUCACAUCCGAGUAUCCCAUCAUCCUGUCCAUUGAGGAUCACUGUAGCAUUGUUCAGCAAAGGAAUAUGGCCACCCAGUUCAAGAAAGUGUUUGGAGACAUGCUGCUGACCAAAGCAGUAGAUAUGGCUGCAGACGGCCUGCCUUCACCCAACCAGCUCAAAAAGAAGAUUCUCAUUAAGCAUAAGAAGCUGGCAGAGGGCAGCGCCUACGAGGAGGUGCCGACAGCCACACCUUAUUCUGAGAACGAUAUCAGCAACUCCAUCAAAAACGGCAUCCUUUACCUGGAAGAUCCCAUUAACCAUGAUUGGUACCCUCAUUUCUUUGUCCUGACUCACAAUAAGAUCUACUAUUCAGAGGAGACCACCAAUAACGUGGGUAAUGAUGAGGAUGAGGAGCUUAAAGAGGUGCUCAAUACUAUGGACCAGCAUGUGACGGAGAAAUGGUUUCAUGGGAAGCUUGGCGCUGGGCGGGACGGACGGCAGAUCGCUGAGAGGCUCCUGUCGGAUUACUGCCAAGAGACCGGAGCUCCUGACGGCUCCUUCCUGGUCCGGGAGAGCGAAACCUUUGUAGGAGACUACACCCUGUCGUUCUGGCGGUUGGGGCGCGUGCAGCACUGCCGGAUCCACUCUCGCCAGGAAGCUGGCAGCCCCAAGUUCUACCUGACGGAUAACCUGGUGUUCGACUCGCUCUUCGCUCUGAUCACCCACUACCAGCAUGUGGCGCUACGCUGCAAUGAGUUUGAGAUGAAGCUGACCGAGCCAGUGCCUCAGACCAACGCUCACGAGAGCAAGGAAUGGUACCAUGCCAACCUUUCCAGGAGCCAGGCAGAGAACAUGCUGAUGAGAGUUCCUCGUGACGGGGCUUUCCUAGUCAGGAAAAGGACAGAGCCCAACUCUUUUGCCAUUUCAUUCAGGGCCGAGGGUAAGAUCAAGCACUGCCGAGUGCUGCAGGAAGGUCAGGUAGUCUUGCUGGGCACCUCGGAGUUCGACAGCCUCGUCGAUCUCAUCAGUUAUCAUGAAAAGCACCCUCUGUAUCGAAAAAUGAAGCUACGCUAUCCCAUCAACGACGACACACUGGAGAAGAUAGGCACUGCUGAGCCAGACUACGGGUCGCUGUAUGAGGGCAGGAAUCCAGGCUUUUACGUGGAGGCCAAUCAAAUGCCAACUUUGAAGUGCACAGUCAAAGCCAUGUACGAGUACAAAGCUCAGAGAGACGACGAGCUCUCCUUCUCCAAGAACGCCGUCAUCACCAACGUAGACAAACAGGAAGGUGGAUGGUGGAAAGGUGACUGUGGAGGGAAGAAGCAGAUGUGGUUCCCUGCAAACUACGUUGAGGAGAUCAGCCAAGCGACAGCGGAGCCGGACAGAACUGAGAUUACAGAAAACAGCCCUCUCGGAGAUCUGCUGAGAGGAAGUGUGGACGUAACUUCCUGCCAGAUUAUCACGCGCAUAGAAGGGAAGGGCAGCAGACCGUUUGUCUUCUCUCUGGUUCAGAAUAACACGGUUCAGGGCACUUUGCUGGACGUGGCUGCCAACAGCGCAGAGGAACUUCAAGACUGGAAGACGAAAAUCCAGGAAGUCGCUGCGACUUCUGAGGCCAAGCUGGAAGAAGGCAAGAUAAUGGAGAGGAGGAAGAAGAUUGCGUUGGAACUAUCAGACCUGGUCAUCUACUGCAGACCGGUCCCGUUUGAUGAAGAAAAGAUCGGCACAGAGCGGGCCUGUUUCCAGGACAUGUCGUCCUUUCCCGAGACCAAAGCGGAGAAGUACGUCAACAAAACCAAGGGGAAGAAGUUCCUGCAGUACAACCGGCUGCAGCUGUCCAGAAUCUACCCCAGAGGCCAGCGGCUCGACUCCUCCAACUACGACCCGUUCCCCAUGUGGCUCUGCGGCUCCCAGCUGGUCGCGCUCAACUUUCAGACUGCUGACAAGCCGAUGCAGAUGAACCAGGCACUGUUCAUGCUGAACGGAAGGAGUGGUUACGUCCUGCAGCCUCCCAUCAUGAGAGACGACACCUUUGAUCCCUUCGACAAAAACACACUACGUGGCGUAGACCAAGUCUCAAUGAAAAUAGAGGUUUUGGGCGCGCGGCACCUCCCGAAGCACGGCAGAGGCAUCGUCUCUCCUCUCAUCGAGAUUGAGGUGUGUGGUGCGGACUACGACAACGAAAAGCAGAAAACAGAAUCCGCAGCUGACAACGGCCUGAACCCGACCUGGCCCAGGAAGUCCUUCUCCUUCACUGUCUGCAACUCUGCCUUUGCUUUCCUGCGCUUCGGGGUUUUUGAAAUUGAUAUGUUCAACGACCAAAACUUUCUGGCUCAGGCGACGUUCCCCAUCCAGAGCCUCAAGACAGGCUACAGGUCGGUACCGCUGAAGAACAGCUACAGUGAAGAUCUGGAGUUGGCUUCUCUGUUGGUCCACAUGGAAAUCACCAGAGGAAGGGAUGAGAACGGGGAAGUCCUGAGCCCGUUCUCCGCGGUGGGGAGCGCGUCGGCGCCGGCGUCGGCGCAGGUGGGACGAGAGCUGGGCUCCGUGUCCUCGACGUCGUCCGCCAUGUCCCCACUGCCCCAGUCGCCGGCUCAGGCCACGUCCUACAGAGGGAGGGAGGGCUCGUUCGAAUCCCGCUACCAGUCACCCAUCGACGACUUCAGGGUGUCCCAGGAGGCCCUGCUGGACCAGAUGGACCCUCAGAACCGAAGGAUGCUGCGGAGGACCAGUCGCCUCUCCCCGUACUGAUGAUGUCACUGACUGCUGUGAUUGCUGUUUCCAUGGAAACACCCACCACCGCUUUGGCCUACAUUUCAGGCAGCUCUCCCUCCUCCGACUCCUCCUACAAACCCCUUCUCCACCCCCCACAUCACCGCCUCUGUGUCCAACCGAGGAGGAGGGAAAGGACGCUGUGGGGUGGGAGGGCGCUGACAGGAAGCAGACGGCGGCAGACAGGAAGAAGAAACUGGAAGGCUGGAGGAGUCCUGGACCGCGAUUUCCAGUGUUGUUGUCGUCGUGACAACAGCUGCUUAGUUUGGAGACCAAGUGGAAGAAAAGGGAUAGAGCCGGUUCCGGUUCCUCUCUCUCUCUCUCUCUGCUGUUUGGACAGAUAUUUAUUCCUGCUGCGCCGUCAGCCGGAGAGCAGCAGCGGCAGCCGGCCUGCUCUCAAAGAGCUCCUGUCUCCAUGGUUUUAAAUAUUCCAGUUAUUUAAACCUUUAAACAUUCAUAAUGUGACUUCAUGUCAGCGUGAACCACGAGGGCUUUCUACGGCUACGUUUAACCUCGCUCUGCUUCGUGACAGACAUUACGUGCCUCCGCUCUGACUCCGACUUACAACCUGGACCGAAAUCUCAGAGGCGUUUCUGCUUUUAUUAUUAUUAUUAUUAUUAUUAUAAUUAUUAACGGCGGGAGGAAGAGGUCACGGCCUGUUUUUGCGUUUCUCACUUACAUUCCAACAAAACAAGAGCUGCACAUCAUUCCAUCGUCUUGCUUUGCUAGCCAGCUCCGCUGACCCUUAUGGGACCUUGGCCCUGUGGUCAUGGAGGUCGGGCCUGGACUCUGAUGGCGACUGAUUGUUGUUUCUUUUUGGGGUUUCUAUUUGCACCCACUACCGUCACGUUCUUAUCCACAUCAGUGUCUUAAAACACGCCCCUUGUUAAGCAGUACGUGUUUCUGAUGUUCUAAAUUCAUCUGAGAAAUGCCAGAGAACAGGAAUAACCUGGUUUCAUAAGCGUCCACACCAUUUUCAGUUUUGAGAAAGUAUGUCGCGUAUUUGGCCUCUGCUUUUCAAAAUGGCCUCCAGACGUAUCAUCCCGUAAGGUUGAGCCAAAACUUGAUUUCUGGUGAAGAGAUUCUUUUGUCUCUUGCCUGAUUUAAUGGGAUCUUAAAUCAACUGAUUGCCAGCAGACAUCUAAAUUUUAACGAGCCCAGAUCAUAAUGCUGCCACUACCAUGUUUCACUGUGUUCUGCCAGAGGUGCUUUGUGUUUUUCCUCUUCAAAUUUUUAGUCUAGCAAAUGUUUUUUUUUUUUUUUUAUCCGGACACUUGGAGAAAUACAAGAAAUGUUUGGAACAGAACCAGAAUAUUCAGCUUUCUCAGAGGUCCUGACAGCGACUCUGCAGCCUCACAGACUGGUCUUAAAUAUGUUUAGUCAAUGACUAAGAUGAAACUUUGGUUUUAAACUUAACUUCUGAAACUAAUUAGGAAAAAAAAUAAAUAAAUCUGUCAGCCAGAAAUGAAACAUAAUUUAAGGGCACCAGGGCAGUUUUCUUUUGUAAAAUGAAAUCUUGUGUAUUUAAGAAUCAAUAAAUGGAUUAUAGGGCAUAAAUAUCUGCAGAUUAUUUGUAAUAGCUCAUAAAAUACAUUUCUCUGAAACUUUUUAAUGCCUAAAGACACUUACAGACUCCCAGAAACUGUGAGUUUCUAUCUAGUUUCAACAGUUUAUCGCCUGCAGUCGUCAGGAAAUGCCUCCUCCGGUCAUUUAUAGGGUGUGCUAACUUAUGCAAUGAAGUUCAAGCAGAUUUGUUUAUGUUUAAGUUCAAUUAUACAGACUGCGUCACAUUAAAAGUGUAAAGGCCUUUAAACAAAAAGUAAUCAUCAUGGUUAAUCUUUUUUUUUUUUUAUCACAAUAACAUAAAUUUUAACAGCGGUGUGUAAACCUAAGACUCUCACAAGAGUCUGCGUUGUUGCUGUUUAUUCUGCUCAUUCCUAAUACAGGAGAUUCAUGCUGGAAUUAUGGGUAAAAAAAAAAAAAGAUGGGAGUUUGUUACAGUGACCCAGCUUUGCAGCCCAGUAUCCCAGUCUGGAUCGCUUUCUGCUGAUGAAGUCAGAUGUAGGUCGAUUCUGAAGCGUCACUGAAAGUCUUUUAGCUCUGCUCACACGGAUUUCUGUGUUUUGGCGCAGGUGGCGUCACAGUAUUAAGAUAAACGAGUAUUGAAGACCGGUAGUGACCAAAUGAUAAUGAAUGAAUGAAAGGUCCAGAGUUCAUCUCACCGCUGCGUCUCGUCGAUACAUGCCUGGAAACGGAUUAGCCUUUAGCUGGACAAACAGUGUUUCCCUGAUUUCGACUAAACGGUCGAUGACAUUCAGAUUCUUGCUCAGUGUUUUGAGACGCAUUUUAAGCCAUAAAGGACGAUGUAAGGUGAAGGCGGGGUCAUCAUGCUGGACGGCUGGGGCAGUUUGUUGCCUUUGCACUCAAUUAUUAAUCCCAAAGCUCCUUUGUCUUACAUGUACUCUUCCUCCAGUGUGUUUAGUUUUUUAGUUUUUUUUUUUUAUGUGUGCGUGUGUGUGGAGCAAUGCAUUGCUCUCGUUUCUGGCCUAUCUCCACACACACCACAUUGAAGCCACAUUUCCCACAGCCAUGGUCACGUUUUUUUUUGAAGGUUUGCUGCUCGGCACCGUGUGAGCUCGUGCAGAACGACUCGGCUGUUUGAUGUUGCAGGAGGAUUUUCCAUAUUGACAUCAAAUCAAGCUUAAUAACAAAGGACGCCUGUGUGGGGCCUUUAAUUGUAAUUUGUCUCGCUUUUUUUGUUGUAAUUUGAUCGGUUUUUCUUUCUGCUAGCGUCGGCCUCAUUUUACAUUUGCCUUCCUGUAAUGUGCCUAAACCUCAAUGACGAGAAGUAUUAAUUUUAUUUUUAAUUUUAUUUUUUUUGCCUUUCAUAUGGAACAUAUUCAAGCCUGAAAAGUAAAUAAAAUACUCACUGCUUUAUACAA